AUGGUGGCUUUGUCACUUAAAAUCUGCGUCCGUCAAUGCAACGUUGUAAAGACGAUGCAAUUUGAGCCAUCCACACCUGUGUAUGAUGCCUGCAGGAUCAUCAGGGAACGUGUCCCAGAGGCCCAGUCCGGACAAGCUUCCGAUUACGGUCUUUUCCUGUCUGACGAUGAUCCCAGGAAAGGAAUUUGGCUGGAGUCUGGAAGAACCCUGGAUUACUACAUGCUGCGAAACGGAGAUGUCUUGGAGUACAAGAAGAAGCAGAGACCGCAGAAGAUUAAAAUGCUUGAUGGCACAGUGAAGACCAUCAUGGUGGAUGACUCCAAAACUGUCGGGGAGCUUCUCGUCACCAUAUGCAGUAGAAUAGGAAUCACCAACUAUGAGGAGUACUCACUCAUUCAGGAGGUGACAGAUGAUAAGAAGGAGGAUGGGAUGGGAACACUGAAAAAAGACAGAACACUGUUAUUACGGGACGAGAGGAAAAUGGAGAAGCUCAAAGCUAAGCUGCAUACAGAUGAUGAUUUGAACUGGCUGGACCACAGCAGAACCUUCAGAGAGCAGGGAGUGGAGGAAAGUGAGACAUUGCUGCUUAGACGCAAGUUCUUCUACUCGGACCAGAAUGUGGACUCGAGGGACCCUGUCCAGCUUAACCUGCUGUAUGUCCAGGCAAGAGAUGACAUAUUGAAUGGAUCCCACCCUGUCUCCUUUGAUAAAGCCUGUGAGUUUGCAGGGAUCCAGGCUCAAAUCCAGUUUGGACCCCACGUGGAGCACAAACACAAGCCUGGAUUUCUGGACCUGAAGGAAUUCCUGCCAAAAGAAUACAUCAAGCAAAGAGGGUCGGAAAGAAAAGUAUUCCAAGAUCAUAAAAACUGUGGAGAGAUGACAGAGAUAGAAGCCAAAGUGAAAUAUGUGAAACUGGCCAGAUCAUUGCAAACAUAUGGAGUGUCCUUCUUCCUGGUAAAGGAAAAGAUGAAGGGUAAAAAUAAGUUGGUCCCACGCCUUCUGGGGAUAACCAAAGAGUCUGUGAUGCGGGUGGAUGAGAAGACUAAAGACGUGGUGCAGGAGUGGCCCCUGACUACCGUCAAAAGAUGGGCUGCCUCUCCUAAGAGCUUCACCCUGGAUUUUGGCGAGUACCAGGAGAGUUACUACUCUGUCCAGACAACAGAGGGAGAACAAAUAUCCCAGCUCAUUGCAGGAUACAUUGACAUAAUUCUCAAAAAGAAGCAGAGUAAGGAUCGCUUUGGCCUUGAAGGAGAUGAAGAGUCCACCAUGUUGGAGGAAUCUGUUUCCCCUAAGAAGUCCACAAUUUUACAGCAGCAGUUCAACCGGGUGGGUCGGGUGGAACAUGGGUCAGUAGCCCUUCCAGGUAUAAUCCGCUCAGGGUCUGCUGGCGGUCCCGACACUUUCAAUAUGGGCACCAUGCCCUCGGCCCAGCAACAGAUCACUACUGGACAGAUGCACAGAGGACACAUGCCACCUCUUAAUCUGGCCCAGCAGGCUCUGAUGGGGACAAUCAACAGCAGUAUGAAUGCUGUGCAGCAGGCCCAGGCUGACCUGGGACAUGUCGAUAAUCUGCCUCCUCUUGGCCAUGACCUGGCAUCCAGGGUUUGGGUUCAGAAUAAAGUGGAUGAAUCCAAACAUGAAAUUCACUCUCAGGUUGAUGCCAUCACUGCUGGAACCGCAUCUGUGGUCAAUCUCACAGCAGGUGAACCCACAGAAACUGACUACACAGCAGUUGGCUGUGCCAUCACCACUAUCUCGUCCAACCUGACUGAAAUGUCCAAGGGUGUCAAGUUGCUCGCUGCAUUAAUGGACGAUGAAGUGGGCAGUGGGCACAAGCUCAUGGGUGCUGCCAGAAUGCUGGCAGGAGCAGUGUCAGAUCUACUGAAAUCUGUUGAGCCUGCAGCCACUGAGUCCAGGCAGACUGUGCUAACUGCAGCAGGAAGUAUCGGACAAGCCAGCGGGGACCUGCUUCGUCACAUGGGAGAGGGCGAGACUGAUGAGAAGUUCCAGGACACCCUUAUGAACCUGGCCAAGGCAGUGGCCAAUGCAGCUGCUAUGUUGGUUCUGAAGGCCAAGAAUGUGGCCCAGGUGGCCGAGGACACCAUAUUGCAGAACCGCGUGAUUGCGGCUGCCACUCAGUGUGCCCUGUCCACCUCACAGCUGGUAGCCUGCACCAAGGUGGUGAGUCCGACGAUUAGCUCCCCUGUGUGUCAGGAGCAGCUUGUGGAGGCUGGGAAGCUGGUGGACCGCUCUGUGGAGACGUGUGUCAGAGCUUGCCGCUCAGCCAGCGACAAUGGCGAGCUUCUUAAGCAGGUCGGAGCAGCGGCUGGCGUGGUGAGCCAAGCCCUGGGCGACCUCCUGCAACACGUCCGCCACUACGCCAGCUGCGGCGAGCCCAUUGGACGCUACGAUCAGGCCACAGACACCAUCAUGAAUGUCACUGAGAACAUUUUCACUUCCAUGGGUGAUGCUGGUGAGAUGGUGCGUCAGGCCCGGGUCUUAGCCCAAGCCACUUCCGACUUGGUCAAUGCCAUGCGAUCAGAUGCAGAGGCAGAAGUUGAUGUUGACAACUCCAAGAAGCUAUUAGCUGCCGCUAAACUCCUGGCUGAUGCCACUGCUAGAAUGGUGGAGGCGGCUAAGGGGGCGGCUGCUUACCCAGAGAAUGAAGACCAGCAGCAGAGGCUCAGAGAGGCAGCUGAGGGUUUGCGUGUUGCUACUAAUGCCGCCGCUCAGAAUGCAAUAAAGAAAAAGCUGGUCAGCAGGCUGGAGAUAGCUGCUAAGCAGGCUGCGGCUGCUGCUACUCAAACAAUUGCAGCUGCGCAAAAUGCUGCGGCUUCCAACAAAAAUACAGUCUCGCACCAACAGCUUGUACAGAGCUGCAAGGCAGUGGCAGAUAGCAUUCCUCAGUUGGUUCAAGGCAUGAGGAGCAGCCAAGCCCAACCUGAAGAGCUUGGGGCCCAGCUUGCCCUCAUUAUGGCUAGCCAGAGUUUCUUACAGCCUGGAAGUAAAAUGGUGGUGUCUGUGAAGUCAGCCGUUCCGACGGUGGCUGACCAAGCUGCCGCUAUGCAACUGGGUCAGUGUGCCAAGAACCUGGCAACCUGCUUGGCAGAGCUAAGGACAGCAGCCCAGAAGGCCCAUGAAGCGUGUGGUCCUCUGGAGAUCGACUCAGCCCUCAAAACGGUUCAGACGCUCAAAUGUGAACUGCAGGAUGCCAAAAUGUCUGUUAUUGACAGCCAACUUAAACCUCUCCCUGGGGAAUCGUUGGAGAAGUGUGCUCAGGAUUUGGGAAGCACAUCCAAGGCUGUGGGCUCUUCCAUGGCCCAACUGUUGACUUGUGCCGCUCAAGGCAAUGAACAUUACACAGGUGUGGCUGCCCGAGAAACAGCACAGGCUUUAAGGACACUGGCACAGGCAGCCAGAGGUGUCGCAGCCAGCACUAAAGAGCCUCAGGCUGCAGCUGCAAUGCUGGACUCUGCCCAGUGUGUCAUGGAAGGCUCAUCAAUGUUAAUCCAUGAGGCCCAUCAGGCACUGGUACAUCCAGGCGAUGCUGAAAGUCAGCAACGACUUGCACAGGUGGCCAAAGCCGUUUCACACUCACUGAAUAAUUGUGUGAACUGCUUGCCAGGCCAGAAGGAUGUUGACAUGGCUCUUAGGAGCAUUGGAGAAGCCAGCAAGAAGCUGCUGGUGGACAUUCUUCCCCCUUGCAGUAAGACAUUCCAGGAAGCCCAGACUGAUCUGAACCAUACAGCAGCUGAGCUCAACCACUCCGCAGGCGAGGUCGUUCACUCCUCCCGUGGAACGAGCGGCCAGCUGGCUGCUGCCUCCGGGAAGUUCAGCCAAGACUUUGAUGAGUUCCUGGACGCUGGUGUCGAGAUGGCAGGACACACCCAAAGCAGGGACGAUCAGAUCCAAGUCAUUGGUAAUCUGAAGAACAUCUCAAUGGCUUCCAGUAAGCUUCUGCUGGCUGCCAAGUCUCUGUCUGUAGAUCCAGGUGCAGCCAAUGCUAAGAAUCUUCUUGCAGUUGCAGCACGAGCGGUGACAGAGAGUAUCAACCAGCUGAUCACGCUCUGUACACAGCAAGCUGCAGGACAAAGAGAGUGUGACAAUGCCUUGAGGGAGUUGGAGGCUGUCAGAGGGCUGCUUGAUAAUCCCAGUGAGCCCAUCAACGAAUUGUCCUACUUUGACUGCAUCGAGAGUGUCAUGGAAAAUUCAAAGAUCCUUGGAGAGUCGAUGGCAGGAAUCUCACAGCAUUGUAAGACAUGUGACGUGGUUGCUUUUGGGGAUUGUGUAGGUGUGGCGUCCAAGGCUCUCUGUGGACUGACAGAAGCUGCGGGACAGGCCUCCUAUCUUGUAGGCGUAUCUGAUCCCAACAGUCAAUCAGGCUAUGAGGGCCUGGUAGACCCAAUUCAGUUUGCAAGAGCCCAUCAAGCCAUACAGAUGGCUUGCCAGAGCUUAGUAGACCCAACGAGUAGUCCCUCACAGGUCUUGUCAGCAGCAACAAUUGUAGCAAAGCACACCUCAGCUUUGUGCAAUGCCUGCCGCCUUGCUUCCUCAAAGACCUCCAACCCUGUUGCUCGGAGACAGUUUGUUCAGUCAGCCAAAGAGGUGGCCAAUACGACCGCCAACUUGGUCAAGACCAUCAAGGCUUUAGAUGGAGAUUUUUCUGAAGACAACAGAAAUAAAUGUCGAGUGGCUACUACACCACUCCUUGAGGCUGUAGAAAAUUUGUCUACCUAUGCCAACAAUCCUGAUUUUGCAAGUAUACCAGCACAAAUCAGCAAUGAGGGUUCAGUCGCCCAAGAACCAAUUGUUCGAUCAGCACGCUCCAUGCUUGAUAGCUCCACUUACCUCUUGGAAACAGCACGGUCGUUGGUUCUCAACCCCAAAGAUCCACCCACUUGGUCUAUACUUGCCGGUCACUCGAGAACAGUUUCUGACUCGAUCAAGAGCCUCAUCACUUCCAUCAGGGACAAAGCACCAGGACAGAAGGAGUGUGAUUACUCCAUAGAUAGCAUCAAUAAAUGUAUCCGGGACAUUGAGCAAGCUUCUCUGGCUGCAGUUGGACAGACCCUGCCCUGCAGAGAUGAUAUCUCAAUGGAAGCACUGCAGGAACAGCUGACUUCAUCCGUGCAGGAGAUUGGGCAUCUGAUUGAUCCUGUCUCCACAGCCGCCCGGGGUGAAGCUGCCCAGCUGGGACACAAGGUGACUCAGCUGGCCAGCUACUUUGAUCCACUUAUUGUAGCAUCAGUCGGCCUGGCCUCCAAGCUGCACGACCACCAGCAGCAGAUGACCAUUCUGGACCAAACUAAGACCCUGUCAGAGUCUGCCCUGCAAAUGCUUUACGCUGCGAAGGAAGGAGGCGGUAACCCAAAGGCAUCCCACACCCACGAUGCAAUCUCCGAAGCGGCCCAGCUGAUGAAAGAGGCUGUGGACGACAUUAUGGUGACUUUGAAUGAGGCGGCGAGCGAGGGCGGCAUGGUCGGGGGCAUGGUGGAGUCUAUCGCCGAAGCCAUGGGCAGGUUGGAUGAAGGAACACCCCCUGAACCCGAGGGUUCCUUUGUGGACUACCAGACCACAAUGGUCAAGUUCUCCAAAGCCAUUGCCAUAACGGCACAGGAGAUGAUGACCAAGUCAGUGACCUGCCCCGAAGAGCUCGGCAGCCUUGCUUCUCAGGCGACCGUGGACUAUGGGCAACUUGCACACCAAGGACGCCUAGCUGCUGCCACUGCCGAACAUGAGGAGGUCGGUUUCCAGAUCAAAACACGUGUGCAAGAGCUGGGUCAUGGCUGUAUCUACUUGGUCCAGAAAGCUGGAGCCCUGCAGCUUAGCCCCACUGACAGCUUCUCCAAAAGAGAGCUCAUCGAGUGUGCCCGUGCAGUUACAGAGAAGGUGUCAUUGGUGCUGUCGGCGCUACAGGCUGGCAACAAAGGCACCCAGGCCUGUAUCACAGCAGCAAGUGCUGUUUCUGGAAUCAUCGCUGACCUGGACACGACCAUCAUGUUUGCCUCAGCGGGAACGUUGAACCCUGAGAAUGAAGAGUCAUUUGCUGACCACAGGGAGAGUAUUUUAAAGACAGCCAAGGCGCUGGUCGAAGACACAAAACUGCUGGUCGCUGGUGCUGCAUCCAGCCAAGAGAAAUUGGCCCAGGCUGCCCAGUCUUCAGCUAAGACCAUCACCCAGCUGACAGAGGUUGUCAAACUAGGGGCAACUAGCAUGGGCUCAGAAGACCCCGAAACACAGGUGGUUCUGAUCAACGCAGUGCGUGACGUGGCCAAGGCUCUGGCUGAACUCAUCAGUGCAACCAAGUGUGCCGCAGGCAAGCCUGCCGAUGACCCGUCCAUGUAUCAGCUGAAAGGAGCCGCGAAGGUCAUGGUCACCAACGUGACAUCUCUUCUAAAAACCGUGAAGGCAGUGGAGGAUGAAGCCACUCGCGGGACGAGGGCACUCGAGGCCACCAUUGAGUUCAUCAAGCAGGAGCUGACAUUGUUCCUGUCCAAGGACGUCCCGGACAAGCCCACAACACCUGAGGAGUUCAUCCGCAUGACAAAGGGCAUCACCAUGGCGACAGCCAAGGCCGUGGCAUCGGGCAACUCCACACAACAAGAGGAUGUGAUCGCCACGGCCAACUUAAGUCGCAAAGCUAUCUCUGAUAUGCUAACAGCCUGCAAGAAAGCUGCACACCACCCAGAGGUGAACGAAGACUUAAAAAACAAGGCCCUGCAGUACGGCUCUGAAUGCACCACGGGAUAUGUUAACCUUUUGGAACAAGUCCUUCAGGUGUUGCAGAGACCCACGUCCGAGCAGAAGCAUCAACUAGCUGUCCACUCAAAGCAUGUGGCAGCAUGUGUGACAGAGCUCAUCCAGACAGCUGAGGCCAUGAAAGGAUCCGAGUGUGUGGACCCCGAGGACCCCACCGUCAUCGCAGAGAGCGAGCUCCUCGGAGCAGCGGCGUCCAUUGAAGCGGCGGCCAAGAAACUAGAGCAGCUGAAGCCCAGAGCCAAACCCAAGCAGGCGGACGAGACACUGGAUUUUGAGGAGCAGAUUCUCGAAGCAGCGAAGUCCAUUGCUGCAGCGACCAGCGCUCUUGUCAAGUCUGCAUCAGCAGCUCAAAGAGAGCUGGUGGCACAGGGCAAGGUUGGAUCUAACCUAGCCAAUGCGGUGGAUGAUGGACAGUGGUCACAGGGACUCAUAUCUGCAGCCCGGAUGGUUGCUGCAGCCACAAGUAAUCUGUGUGAGGCAGCCAACGCAUCCGUUCAGGGCCAUGCCAGCGAAGAGAAGCUCAUCUGCUCAGCCAAGCAGGUGGCUGCUUCUACUGCUCAGCUGCUGGUGGCCUGCAAGGUGAAAGCAGACCACGAUUCUGAGGCCAUGAAGAGAUUACAGGCUGCCGGCAACGCGGUGAAGCGAGCCUCGGACAACCUGGUCAAGGCGGCUCAGAAAGCUGCCUUCGACAAGACAGAAGAUGACAAUGUCGUGGUGAAGACUAAAUUUGUUGGCGGUAUCGCUCAGAUCAUUGCGGCUCAGGAAGAGAUGCUGCGGAAGGAGCGUGAGUUGGAGGAAGCCCGGAAAAAGCUGGCGCAGAUCCGACAGCAGCAGUACAAGUUUUUGCCCACCGAGCUGAGGGAGGACGAGGGUUGA